UUUCUCCUCACAAUAAGCCUGCCCUGAUUUCUUCUAACAAUAAAUCUGCUCCAAUUUCAUCUUAUGAUGAAUCUGCUUUGGUUCUUGCUCAUCAAAGAUUUGUUCUAGUUCUAGAUAUUCUAUUUUAUGAAUUAAUCAAUAAAAUCAAUGAACUUGAAAAAAGAACUGAAUAUUUUAUAAUAACAAGAAAAGAAAA